UUGCAUUAUGGUGUUACUGGGGUGUUUAUCAUAGAUAAUGUGAGGGCAACGCCGGUCCCCGCGGGCUUUCCUGAGCUGGUGACGCGCCCACCUGACAGUAGUGCAGGCGGCGUCCCCCUGGACGCUUCUCUCAUUAUAAAAAUAUAAAUGGUCUCACUUGGAGAACAUUUUUAGCAGUUUAUUUAUACAUUAUAUAUGGGAUUUAGUUAUAAAGAUUAGAUCCAGUAAAGUGUUUUCAGUCCAAUGAUACUUGAAAAGACGUCUAGGACCGGGCUUCAUCACUGUUAGGUGUGUUGAUGCCUCUGUAUGAAAUAUUGUUACAGUACACACUGAGUGGUUGGCUGUAAACACUUCCAAAGGACACCUGAUCCACAGGGCUGUGAUUUUCACGUCAGACUGCGUAAAGCGGCGUUUAAAGACUGGUCGACUAGAGCAUCAUCCAAGGAGCCUGGUUAGAGAUUGGGAUGUGGGAACACUGAUCGAUCCUGAUAGAUAUGUCAUGUUAACCUCAAGGUAGCACAAUACCAUGGGUCUGUGGAGUUUGAUGAAUGUUGAGGUGGUGGCAACGGUGAUCCUUGUGGCAGCGUGGAGAGCUUGUGUUGCAACCUCUACCCAGACACAUGCUGCCUUAUCUACCCAAUCACUUGCUUUUUCAUCUACCGAGGUAUUUGCUUCGUCUACCCAGCCACCUACUGCCUCAUCUACUGAGUCACUUGUUGCCUUAUCUAUUCUGGAACUUGUUGCCUCAUCUACCCAGGCACAUGCUGCCUCGCCAGUCACGUUGCCUCCUCAGAACACCGACUUUUUAAAUUUCACACUUCGGAAAUGUCGCUGUGAGAAAAAUAAUGUGCUGGAUGGUUCUGGUUGUAGAAGAAAAUCAACUGAAGUAGUCGUGUAUAAUCCAGCAAACAAAACAUCAGUCUUGGUCAAGACAAGCGAUUUUAGCAGCGUUCGCAUAGAAGAUGUUAAGUGUGACAAUGGCACCGAACGUGUGACCUUGAACAUAGCUACAAACGAUUUUGUUUUAUUUGCUGGACAAAUGGUUUGGGUAGAUGGAAGUAAGGUUCUCGGAGAGUACUGUAUCGAGCAUUUGGUACGCGGUGAAGAACUACACCAAGUAGCUCAUAUUUGCCUGCCUCCUCCUCAAGUACCUCAGUGCUGCCCCCCAGGACACCUCCUGGCUCCUGACGACUCUUGUGUCCCCAGCAGCAAUCGGCACACCUUUGCGCCGCCGAUAUUAUUUAAUAACGAUCUUGUGCCGUGGAAAGAUGUAGAUGGUAAUGUUAAAAAUGUUACAUGUGAUGGAAUACCAGUUGUUCGCCGUCUAUACCUUAAUACUCAAGAAGGGGAGCUCAUGUACAGCGUAUCGGGGACAUUGUUGAGAUGGACGCCCUUAUUCUGGCCUGAUCAAAAACAAUUUGAACAAAAUUACUGUGUAGGUAUGGAACUUGAUAAAAACAAUGAUGCACAGUAUAUUGCCAAGUUCUGCUAUGUAGAUCUAGUUAAGCACCACCAGCUGACAUGUAGUAACAAUACUUGUGUUAGAAAAUGCUGUGCCAAGAAUGAAAUUAUAUUGAUCCCACAAUGUAUAAUGGCAGCUCAGGUAGAAGAGAUAUGGGAACCUUCUUUCCAUAUCUUACAAGAAAAACUAACAUCAGUUAAGUUAGCAGCAGAAAAGUGGACUUUGGUGACCGGAAAUCCACUUUGUAGUACUUUUUAUCAACUGGACCCACUCAGAAUAGAUGAUGAUAAAUUCUACCUGUUAGAAAAUGGCUCCCUCCAUAUUCCUAAGCACCAGACCAGCUACCCAUCAACCCAUUACUGCGUUGACUCUUUCCUGACUGAAAAUGGUACGAUUAUGGAGGGCGCCAUGUUGUGUACAAAUGAAGACACCUGCUCCUGGAAGACGAUUGUCGACGUAGUGUUGCUGGGAAUAUCGUGUGUGUUUCUAGCAAUUACCCUUGGCGUGUAUAUGGGUGUGGCAGAGCUUAGAGACCGCACAUACGGACGCUGUCUCAUAUCUAUGGUGGCCGCCAUGUUGUCCACGUACAUCACCCUCAUCAUCAAUAACCAAGUGAGGGAGCAGUCCGACACCCAGUGCAUCAUAAGAGCAUUUAUUGGUCAUGUAUGCAGUCUGGCGACGUUCUUCUGGCUCAACGUUAUGUGUUAUGAUAUGUGGUCAACACUCAGGUCAUCCCAACAGAAACAUCACAGUAAAAAGGUGUUUAUGAUGUACAGCUUGUAUGCUUGGGGUUGUCCCCUGGUGGUGGGUGUGAUUGCCCUCAUCAUUGACAACUUUGGGAGUCCCAAUCUCAUAAGACCUGACUUUACAGGUGGUACUUGCUGGUUUCAUGGUAAUGCAGAAUACUGGCUCUACCUCUCUGGUAUAAUCUUUCUUCUGGUUAUGGUCAACUUAUUCUUUUUUGUGCACGUAGCAGUGACACUUGCACGGGACUUCAAACAGAGAAAAACAACAUUUGACAACAACACAAGCCACAGCAGUAAUUCAACUAAAACUAAAAGCCAUGCCUGGCUGUAUAUUAAGCUUUUUAUUGUCAUGGGCAUUGUGUGGAUAGCUGAGGCCAUCUCCAGUGUACAUCACAGGAAUACUUGCACAUACUGGAUUUUUGCUGACAUAUUCAAUGGACUACAAGGGGUGUUCAUCUUUAUUGUGACUGUCUGCAACAAGGACAAUAUAAAAAAGAUAAAAGAUGCUUGGCGUCCUAGACUUCAGAAUGUCCAGAAAACAAUGAUUUCUUUUCGUGGACAGACAACCACACCUAAUGCAAAUAGGCGAGGGACUGACUUCAGUAUGGCAAUGUCAGAAAGUUCUAGAAAAACUUCCGUUACAUCACUUCCCAGGAAAUGCUCAGUGGCUUCCAGUGUCUUCCAUUCCACUUCCAAUAAGACCAAAAGGGCAACAGCAUUAAGUGAUACUUCUGAAACCUCCAGGAAAUCUGCUGGCAUAGCUUCAUGCAGAAAGAGUGGUAGACCCUGAGGUGAUCAGCGGCCAGUUUACCUCCGCCUUCCUUGGGUUAUUAAUUUGAAUGGCAGAAUGUUGUAUUCAAGAAAUUAUCUGUUUUGAAUCAUAAAAUAAUCAGUCCAGUCUCAUAAUGUGACAAGCAAAUAGUGUGUGCUAUUUCUGUACUACAAUAUAUGAAUCUAUCCCAACCCAUCUAACCCAUCGAAACUGAUUCUCGUUAGUUCAGAAACACGUACUAUUCCAAUGUUUUUAUACUUCAUACCAGCAUUCAUAAUCUUUGCUUGGUUCCCUAGCAUACAAAUAUAAUGCAUCAAGUGUGAGGAUGAGUCGAGAUGAUAAUGUAGCACAGACUUCUCUCAAAAGUGAGAUAAAGAUGACUGAUUCUAUUUCCAAAACCAUUACCUAUUUUCACUUGCUAGGAAAAGCAGGUUUGAUAAAUUCAAUAGAAGAAAAUCCUGGGUUCUGAACCCAACUAAAUUAAUUCUGGAGUACAUUCAUACAUGAGGGUGUUUUUAAUUUUUGAACUUGUAUUAUAUGUGUAUAUAACUUUUUCCUUCUCAAAAACAAAACAAAAAUCUUACUGUAAAUAUAGAGUAUACAAGGGCUGAAGAGAUUUGCUAUAUGCAUACUGUGUUCUGUAUCACCAUUACUAUUGUAUAUUUCAAGAUAUAUUAGCCACUCUACUGUUUCAUGUUAUUGACUAGCUAAUUCAGUAACAAUGGUAUGGUUUAAAUUCCCGAAGUUACAUGGUUUCCCAUUCAUCUGUCUACCUGAAGAAGAAAUGAAAACUGAGUGAACAGUGUCUGCUGCCUGCACCAGGAAUAAAAUUUAAACAGGUAGAUCAGCAGCGUAACUAAUUAUUUACCUACUGGGAUACAGCUCAUGCCACUACAUAAAGUACAAUUAUAACAUAUAUUAUUUCUGGUUAUGUAAUAAUAGCUGCUAUCAUUCUCUUUGCUAAAUACUAUAUUAUUAUGCAGGUAUGUGCUAUUUUUGUCUCGAGUGUACAUGUAUUUAUUUCUGCAGUAUAUUGUUUUGUGUUGUAUGCAAAUGGUACAUACAUGAUAGCCAAGAUGCAUAAUAAUAUUUAAAGUAUUUACUAUAGUUCUGCAUUUAGCAGGGAUAUUUGAGCUUCUCAUUGCAGGUUUAGUGCUUAGGUUGAACUACACCAUGCAUCAUAUCAAGAUAGUGAACAUAUCAUUAUUUACCUUACUUUCUAUUAUUUCUUGUUAGUGAAUGAGUUACUGAGAGAUACAUGCAUACAUAUUGUACACUAAAAAAAUAUUUUGUUUAUAAUUUGUUAUUCAUAAUACAAUACUGGCACCUCUAUAGAAAAUAGUUUUCCUCUGGGUUAAUGCACUUUUAUCUUUGAAAAAAAUACAAAAAAUACUGUUCAUAGUUACAGUACUUCCAAAUUGUCUUCACUCUAUACAGUAAUAUAAUGUGCACUAUUUCAAGCCUGAAAAUAAUGCUAAAUCUGAUGCUUUAUACUUUAUUACUAUAAUUCAAACGUUCUAAUUACUGUACUCCCAAAUCAAAAUUAAAUUUUGGAAAUGUACUAGUAUUGUAGCUAGAGAUAAUUAUUGGACUUCAUACAUAUGAUGAAUGAAUCGAGUGUUAGCAUUGUGACCAGCCAUAUGAUAAGUUUGGUGACAUUUGGAGUUUUGUGUCUGUAAGCUUAUUGUUAUUUCUUAGUUUUUGUAUAGUAUUUUUGACUUACAACUGUAGUGUUUUAAUUUGUUUGUUAUACAGAAUUAUUAUAUGACAAUGACAAUUGACAGAAAUAUUUAUACAGCUGUAAUGCUUUUAUCAAGACUAAAUAUGGAUAAAAUCCAAGAUAUUUAUAUGUAGUUAUUUUCAUGGUAUUAAACACAUUAAAUAAAUAAUUGAAA